UCCCAUACGCCUGAUGGCUUGAAGAACAUGGACUAGGCAGACUUCAGACAACGCCGUCUCUAGCACGUCGCCGCCUCACUCGCCUCACCCUACAGCAGGCCUAGGCACAGACUGAUGGGGCCAUUGAAGAAUGGAGUUCUAUACAACCAUACCGUUCCACAUACUGGCAGCUGAGGCGACCUCCAAAGUGCCUGCCUCGUUCAUGUCUUUCGAACCAUUCGUCGCGUCAGCACGGGCAUGGCCAUCUGUCCAGCAGCAUAUUGUCCAUCCCACACAGCCUCGCCACAAGCGUGGAACAUCUUUCAAGGUUCAAGCAACGUUACCUCUCGACCUCGCCCUGGUUCAACACCUUAUGCACCUGCGGCCCCGGAGUACCACGACUGUAUGCUGCUCACUAAGAUCAUUCUUCACCAGAACAGAACACGUCUGUCAAGGCACAAUGGAUAUUCUGGUAGUGUCCGAAGUCCACCGUCGCCAAUACCAACGGCCCCGUCCCAUAUCGAAACACAUCACUCCUGCUGCUACCGCAUCCUCUCCUCAGCUGCCCACGCAACCCUACACAUUACUCCGUCACCACAUGGCUACACCAGUGUCGGGAAGAAGCAGGUACAGGUAUGCUCUGGGCAGCACAUACACGAAAAGCAUAUCGAAGGAUUUGCCCUCCGGCAUCGCCUCUAGACUAGCUUGUUGCGCCUCGAUAUCUACCAAAUUCACAAGGAUAGCAGGACACGAGCAGGACUGUACUGCAAAGCCCAACGAACCCAAAGUCCGAAUACAGCCAGUAUAAUCUCCACGAUGCACAGAAGUUGAAGUCAACGCACAGACCGCAUCACGAACUUCCGUAAUGGCGAAAUGUCAACAGAAAGUCUGCGGCAAGGAAGAGUUUGCGUGAUUGUUGUCGAUCUCAUUGCUAUCAUAUGUGCUUGUCUCAUGGUAUGGUC